CCGGAGCCGCGACCGCAGCCGGAGCUGGCAGGGGCCUCCCGCCUGGGCACGCAGUCGCUUCCCGCGGACCUCUGGGGCCUCUCCGGCGCCCGCCUCGCCCGCCCGGCCCCAGCAGCGCCGCAGCCGUGGCCUGGGCUUGAGCGGUCGCUACUAGCUGCGCCCUGCCCAGGACGGACGCCGGACCGCCCGGUCACGUGCGCCCAAGUCCUCGGCCGGCCGGGGCAGCGCCGUUCCCAUGGUUCAAGGCUGUUGAUGGAGAAGGGGGCGGAUGACAGCCGGGACGGUGGUCAUCACCGGGGGCAUCUUGGCGACUGUGAUUCUACUGUGCAUCAUCGCUGUCCUGUGCUACUGCCGGCUCCAGUACUACUGCUGCAGGAAGGAGGAGUCUGAGGAGGACGAGGAGGAGCCUGACUUCGCCGUGCACUCACACCUGCCCCCGCUGCACUCCAACCGCAACCUCGUGCUCACCAACGGGCCCGGGCCGGCGCUCUACCCUGCCGCCUCCACCUCCUUCAGCCAGAAGUCCCCGCAGGCCCGCGCCCUCUGCCGCAGCUGCUCCCACUACGAGCCGCCCACCUUCUUCCUGCAGGAGCCGGAGGACGAGGGCGUGCGCAACGGCGGGGAGCGCGUGGCCUACGAGAGCAUCAACCAGGAGGACAUAGAGCUGCCGCCCGGGAGCUUCGGGGGCCUGCAGGCGCUCAACCCCAACCGCCUCUCUGCCAUGCGGGAGGCCUUCUCGCGGAGCCGCAGCAUCAGCACCGACGUCUGAGCCGUGCCCUGCACCCGCCCUGCAGGUCCUGAGACCAUGGUGGGAUCCCCAUGGUGCGCCUGCCCGGCUCCGGGCCUGAACUGGGGCUUGGCCCGGCCUUCCUUGCAUCCCUGUCUUCAGAGGGCCCCGUCGGGGAGAUCCGGGGCUCCCUGCAAGGAUAAGGCCCAGUGAGCACAAGCGUGGCUGCUGGGGGUAGGGGUCCCCGGGGGUCGGGGUCUCCGGGACCUGGGGCUGGAGGGAGGUGGGUGCAUUGCAGGCACCCGUGAGCGGUAACAUUCAGAUGAUGGACUGCAGAGCAGAGGGAGUGAGGCAGGGCUCUGGAGCACAGACGCCAGGCUCCCGACGCUGCCAGGUAGUAAAGGUGUAGUGGAAAGUGGCCUCCAUCUCUGCCCCAGGAGCUUGGCCGUCGCUGGCUGCGUGGCCAGCUGUGUCACUCCUUCGCUGGGCCUCAGCCUGCUCCCUGUUCAAGGAAGGGCUGGCAGCAACGACACUAGGUCCCAAGGCACAAGCCUUCCCUGGCAAUUGCGGACCAAGUAUUCUGUCCCUCCACCCAGAACGGGGGCCUCCGUCUCCUCCCCCCAACCCCACACGCACACCCCCGGCUUUAAGCGCCUGGCGGCUGAGACACUGGUUGAUCUGGCCUCCCUGCAGAUCUCCCUAGAAGGAGGAGUUUCAGGGGUGGCCAGGCCCUGGGGAUCCUCAGCCCCAACUGGUUUUUGGUGAAAGGGAGAAAGAGGCAUGUGCCAACCACCUGCCUCAGGAGUGUCCACACUGAACGACACAGCCCGUUCCUCGGCCCUGACUUGGCAGGACAGACAGAGCCAUGGACCAGGGGCUGAAAGACGCACUAAGUCCCCAGGAGCCCUGGGACAGGCCCUCCCACCCCAGGGCCUCAGCCUCCAGGGGCCCUUCAAGCUCUGGUCCCCAGCGGAGACAGACACGAGCUCUCCCACCUGGCCCCAUUUCUCAGGGGGAUCUGGGAGCGAGGCCCAGGCUGCCCCGUCUCUGCUCUGGCUCCAUGUGAAGACCUCAGCUGAACCCACUGUCCACCAAGCUCCCAGUGGCGCCAGGGUCUCUCUGGGAGCCCACUCGCUGGCUCCCUCCAUCCGGCUGGGGAAAUGAUGCCCAAUGGCAAACCCAGGGGCCCCGCCACAGGGAACGCAGCUCCCCCCACCCAGUCAGAGGCAGUAUUUCCUCUCUCCGAAGCAUGGCCCCAAGAGCCCCCACCCUCUCUGCGUGGAGCCCGGGGUAGGGUAGCCCCAGUCUGCCCAGGAAGGUGGACCACGCUCCCCAGCUAAGCCACUUUCCUGAAAGACAAACCUUUGAGGGUCUCUGAGCCGCGGGCAGCCUGAUUACCUCGCUCCUUGCUUUUACUGGAAAGCGCCGAGGAGUGGAGACGUCUGGACCUGGACGUGAGCAGAGUCAGCGAAGACUUACUAUUUUUAGCACUCUGGAUUAUUUUCUUCUUCUUCCUUUCUCCUCCUGCCUCGUUUUGGACAUGCUAGUGGAAUUCACCCCCUGAGCUUCCCCGCUUCCUUUGUGGAACCCCAUGGGUUUGUUUCUGAUGCACUAGC